CUAUAACCUCCGCGGAAUAUACGCAUCGGGUGCGGAUGACCGGACCAUUCUUUUUUGUAUGUAUGUAUGUAUGUAUGUAUCAGCCAUGAGACUAACAGAGGCAUAACGUUGGGUUGAUUAAUACGGGGGAAGCAGUGCAUAGGCCUGUUGGUUGGAGUUACUCGUUGUGAUGGGGAGACUUAGACUAGAUCAGCAUCGGCUUGAACUACUACCCCGGACUCGUUUUGAAGACUGGAUAGUGUCCUGAUCAUCCUCAUCCUUUCGACACCGGGAGUCAGUCUGGGGAUCCCGAUGGAUCAUCAUGCUUUUUCCCUUUGCAGAUCCGGGGAUGACGAUCGACUAUAUAUAUAAAAUGCGACCGUGGCUUCCUUCAAUACGACCUCUCCCUUCAGUUCUUCUUCUUCUUCUUCUUCUUCUUCCUCCCCCAACCUCCGGUUCCAUUCCCCUCCAUGGCCGCUCCCUCAUAUCGCCAAUUCAUCCGCGACAACCACGACCAAUUCGAGUCACUGAUCCAGAAUGGCACCGUGCAACCCGUCUUGCUGUGGCAUCUCGUCCUGCCCGUCCUGUUACCCAUCGUCGCCCUGCUGAUUCCGCGCCCGACGGGCCCGCGGCAUCUGCGGCCGCUGGUGCUGGGAUGCAUCAUCGCCCUGGCCAUCGACUUCAUCCGCCGCCGACGCAUGCUGCUGGGGGGGAAUGGCUACAUGGGCGGUCUGGUGCCGGCCUGGUGGUGCAUCUGGUCGGCCACUCUGCUGGUCUUCCACGACGCCGAGCGCGACUUCCGACGCCUCGAGCGUCGCCCCGGCCAGCAGCAGGAGGAGGUGGUGGGCUGGCAGACGUAUCCAUCGCGGCCCUUCUCGCAUCGGCUCAACUGGGUGCUCGGCCUGCUCACCAACAUGCGCGGCCCCGAAUGGAACUGGCGCAUCUCCUCGCUGGGCCCUUUGCCCGCCUCUGUUCAGUCCCAGCUUGACUCUCCCACUCCUAGAUUCAGACCCGAACCCGACGAUGCAUCCAAUCCCCCCCCCCCACCCCUCCGCCUCCAUCUCCGCGCCGUCCUCGCCCUCUGCCUCCAAUCCUACCUCGCCCUCGACCUAAUCAAGCUCCUCAUGAUCCGCGACCACUACUUCAUGGGUCUGGUCACCGACCCCCCGACCCCCCCCUUCCCCUUCACCCGGCUCUCCCCCUCCCCCUUCCUCGUCCAGGCCUACCGCAGCGCCCUCACCGGCCUGGGGGUCCUCUCCGCCCUGACAUACGUAACGAGCUUCAACCCGCUCCUCUUCGGCGGCCUGUCACUCGCCUUCCCUCGCGCCGCACGCGCCAUCACCUCCACCCCGCUGGACGUCGCCUGGCUCUAUCCGCCCACCUUCGGCUCGUUCCUGCCCUCCAUCCUCGACGCCGGCCUCGUCGGCGUCUGGAGCCACUGGUGGCACCAGAUCUUCCGCUUCGGCUUCAUCUCCACCGCACGAGCACUGACUCCCGCGCCGCAUUCGACGCACCCGCUUCGGCCUCUUCGCCGGGUCAUCACCCUCCUCGUUGCGUUUAGUCUCAGUGGCGCGUUGCAUGCCUGUGGCAGCUACGCCCAAUUCCGUCCCACACACCCUAUAUCAGGUACAUACCGCUUCUUCAUCCUGCAGGCCGUCGGCAUCCUGCUCCAGGAAUUCUGGUGUCGGACCUUCCUGCCUCGGGUCUUGGGUGGGGCGCCCCGGGCCGUGAAGCUCCCGGGGCCUGUGAGGCGCGCGGGCAAUGCGGCGUUUGCGCUGGGCUGGUUGUUGUUCACGGGGAGGUUCAUCGCGGAUGAUUUCUCGCGCGGGGGGUUGUGGCUCACCGAGCCGUUGCCUGGCUAUUGA